UUGGGCAGAUCACGUAUUCUCAUGUAAAUAUUACACAUAUAGUAUCAGAGUGUAAAAAUAAAUAAUAGAACGUAAUCGUUGGUGGAAACGAGUUUGAAAACGUUCGAGCGGGCGAGUGUAGAUUCAUUAAAAUGCGGCUGAAGGUUCGUUAAUGGCAGUUGCAUGGGUGUAAAUGAACGGACAGACAGACAGCUGCAGUGUCAUCAUUUCGUUGUGUGUCGUAUUGUACAGAACGAAGCUUAUAGUGUCGGAAGUUCGAAAAGGAGCAACCUGCUACUAUGUCUCAGCGAAAAUUGAUAAAAGUUACGUCGCGAUUAAUGUUGCCUCUUUGGCCAAGAGAAUUCGCGAUGUAGCCUCUUCCAUAGUCGAUUUUCAUCGCGUUCGCGUUUAUUCAUCAUCGAUGUACCGAGAAUUAUCGGAAACAUUUCGUGCAACAUUUCCGAAACCAAGUCGCAUGAAAUCUCCUGUUCUUGUUGUUCCUGUAACAACAUUUAUUUAUUGUCGUGACACCCUUUGUCGUUGCACACGACGUUUUCAUUCUCGUUUAGUGUCUCCGUUGUCAUCGUUCUCAAGUGCCUUUUAUCUCCCUCUCUCACACUCUUGACUCACUAUUUUCCGAUCUUAAUCGCGCGAAAACCAGUGUAUGCAUCGAAUGACAUACUAAUACAUAUGUCAGUACAAAUUCCGGUAAGUGUAUAAAUGUACAUUCUUCUCGAAGAUAUAAACUUGUACGCUCUCCUUGUGUUUGUUAUACGUAAUACUUAUCGAGGAUCGUUCACUUUCUUGUUUCUCGCGUAUUGUUUAUUUGUGACCGCUGAUUCGUCGCAACUCGUGACUAGCGACUCGCUUCACGACCCUAUUCCGCAAGAAGAUUUCUAUCGUUUGCUGUAUUUAUCCAGAUAAAUAAUCCUUUGGCGCGAUAUCGUAUAAAAAUUCGUUAAAUUCGUUCGCGAAAAAUUUUUUAAACGAUUUCUUGUGAAAAUUCGUCGAACGGGACGAUGAUAAUUGACGCGCAAGCGAUAAAUGGUCGUGUAAUCGAUACAAUGUAAUUUCCGUUACUUGUUCCAUUUCGUUCGUACAAAAUUAUAAACAAGACUUUUUUUCCGUGAAGUUUUGUAAAGAAUUGAGGGAAAAACCAUUUGGAUUUCCAAUGAAGUGUAUAUUCUUGUGUAACAGCGGGAGCGUUCAAUGUUUAGCUUAUUUAAUCAUUGUGUUUAUUUAAUCACUCAAUUUGAAUAAUAUGUAUGUGAUGUAUACUUGAUUGUAUAGGCUAACAAUCCGGUUUUUGCAUAAAAUUAUUCAGAUAAAUGGAAAUUGACUGUAAAAAGAGUGUGGAUAUGAGGUGGAUGAUUCAUUCCAGAAUGCAUCGCAUUUACUAAACAUUUUGAACAUAAAAGGACAUCCUUGUUGGCCCAACGGUGAACAGUUCUUGUUUGGUACAUAGAAUAGAAGGAAAAGAUGUCCCAAUUAAGUAUUAGUACAGGAAAGAGAGGGAGGAGUGUUGCAAGCUCCUCUGCAUCCACGGUAUCGUCUUUGAGCAGUUCAACUGACUUGGCAAGCCUAUUCGAAUGUCCAGUCUGUUUCGAUUACGUUCUUCCACCGAUCCUACAGUGUCAAAGUGGACAUCUUGUUUGUAGCACUUGUCGACCAAAGCUUAAUUGCUGUCCUACCUGUAGAGGUCCAUUAGGUAAUAUCCGCAACCUGGCUAUGGAAAAAGUGGCAGGUAAUGUAAUGUUUCCUUGCAAGUAUUCAACAAGUGGAUGCACAGUCUCUUUAGUACAUACUGAAAAGGCAGAUCACGAAGAUGCGUGUGAAUUCCGUCCAUACAGUUGUCCUUGUCCAGGUGCUUCUUGUAAAUGGCAAGGAUCUCUUGAACAAGUAAUGCAGCAUCUUGUUAUCAGUCAUAAAAGUAUCACAACUCUUCAAGGGGAAGACAUUGUUUUUUUAGCAACCGAUAUUAAUCUUCCUGGUGCAGUGGACUGGGUGAUGAUGCAGUCCUGUUUUGGUCAUCAUUUUAUGCUAGUGCUUGAAAAGCAAGAAAAAUAUGAUGGACAUCAACAAUUUUUUGCAAUUGUUCAACUUAUUGGCUCAAGGAAACAAGCAGAAAACUUUGCUUACAGACUAGAAUUGAAUGGACAUAAAAGGCGUUUGACGUGGGAAGCCAUGCCGCGAUCCAUUCACGAAGGUGUUUCAUCUGCAAUCUUAAAUUCAGACUGCCUUGUAUUUGACACCUCUAUUGCGCAGUUAUUUGCCGAUAAUGGAAAUUUAGGAAUAAAUGUUACAAUUUCCAUGGCAUGAGGAAAGCUGGAAAAAGCAGUGUGAAAUCUUUUAAACGUAUCGAGCAGUCUUUGGAUCAUAAUUUCAUCUUCAUAUUGAGGAUUGCCCGUUAUGUACAUAUAGCAUUUUUUUACGUUACCACAGAUAAAUAUUAGCAAUAUGGAUGUUAGGGAAUGUUUGGAAUGUGUUGAUAAGGCACAGUAAUCAAACGCUCAGUUACAGGACCUCUCUUUAGAAGCUUUAAAGUGUACUUGUAUGUGAUAUUAACACUACAACAUAAAUACAAUAAACGACCUUUCUGUAUACUUACGUUGACUUUAAAGCUUUGGCACUGGGUAAAGCAUCAAUUCCAAAAAGUACCUGACGCCUAUUGCGCAUUGACAUCACGUUCUUUUAGUCAUUUCUUACUAAACCAGUUUUUAUCAAAAUAAUUUUUUUUAAAUUUUUGAUGCUUUUUAACACAAAGUACACACUCUUUGUACAAUUCGUUUAUGUAUAAUAUGAGAAUGCAAACAGAAACCUGAAGCACAUACUUGAAGAAGUCCUCCAUAUACGUAAAUUCUUUACUGUAUAAUAAUUGAAUUGAACGCGUUAAGUACACAUCUGUCAUUAUUUAUUUUCAUUUAGAAACUUCAUACGCCCGCAUAUUUAUUAUCAUCAUCUAAUUUUUUAAUUAGGCUUCAUUUGUAAUAAAUUCAGUUUUUGUUACAAAUUUAGCGACAUAUUAGAUUUGUUUCGUACCACGAUAGAUUGUAUCCGAGUUUCUCGUAAUCGACGAUAUUGCAAAUUGUAUAUUUUUUAACUUCUGUAUAUUACCACAAAACAAUUUGCACUAUUUUUCAACAACAUUAUUACGAAGCUAAAAAUCUCAAAUUGAAUAAGAAAGCAUAUCAAAUCAAAAGCUAGUAGUAAGUUUAUAAACGCAAUGUCAAGGGUUUAUAAUUACUGCAAUAUGCUUAAAAAUGUUGAAAGAAAAACUUACAAUUUCGUCAUUAAAAAUGUUAUUUUCUUUCUUUUUUUUUUUUCUUAAUACGUAAAAUCAUACUGUUCUAUAAAUUUUAGUUUUGCAGAGAAAAAAAAUAUUAAAGUACAUGUAUCAGCAAUACACACGGGAACACGAAAGUAGUUGGUAUACGAUAAGCAAAUGAAAAAUAAUAGAAAUAAAUCGCGCAGUCUCAUCCUUUUUUUACUCAUUCUGAAAUAGACGAACGUAAUGUAAGGAGAAGUGUUACAAUUUUAAGAAUAUAGAACCAUUAAAUUGUUGCAAAGUAGUUUUAUAAAUAAUCACUGACAUUGUACAUAACUUUUAAUUUAUCGUUCUUAUAAAAUUUUUCAGUACCGUAUAAUUUAAACUUUUAUCAAAGAGUAUGAUUUAGUAUAAUUUAUAUUCAGAAGUUGGUUUUAAAGAAAUGCGUAAUAAAAUAUAGACGUAAGAGAUCAUAAAUGUUCACGCGAAACUUAAUUUAUUGCAACGUUAUGACAGAUGCUAGACUAAGCUGACUAAUAACGAUACGUUUGAAUAGAAUUGAAACUAUAUGAGCUUGACCUUGAUGUAAUUUGAAAUUCUAAACUAAACGAAGUACGAAAGAGGAUGAUCGUGCGAAGAUUUCCAACAAAUUCAAUUUUACGACGAGAACGAUGU